AUGCGAAAAAGUGAAAAUAACAUACUUUGUGUUUUACACAAAGCUUACGAAACAACUGCACUAACCGUCACGUGGACGCUAUACUUAUUAAGUCAACACAAAGACAUUCAAAAAAAGGUUCAGCAAGAGUUGGACGCCAUAUUUGAAAAUGAUACCGAUCGAUCUAUUGAAAAUGAAGAUUUAUACGAAAUGAAGUAUUUGGAAUGUGUCAUAAAGGAGACCAUGAGGCUUUACCCACCUGCUCCCACAAUUUCUAGGAAAAUCAAAAAAUCUAUAAAAUUAGGAGAUAAAGAAUAUUCCAACGACUGGAUAUUCGUUGUUUCUAUUUUCCAUCUUCAUCGCAAUCCAAAUGUCUUCGAAAAUCCAAAUGUUUUCGAUCCUGACAGAUUUUCCAAACGCUCACCUUACUCCUACAUCCCAUUUUCGGCAAGACCCAGGAUGUGUCUGGGGUAUUACUUGGCCAUGAUGAAAAUUAAACUGAUUUUGGCAAGUAUUUUAAGAAUGUUGAAGGAUGUAGAAGUCGAAAACAGUUCACCUGCUACAAGACAACCUCCUACAAAUGCCAGAGAAACAAAU